GUAUUAAUAAGUUGUUUAUAUAUAAUAAUUUUGUUUUCGCUAUUCAGUGUAGAUUGGUUUAUGUAGAUAAAGACAUAUGCACAAUGCAACAUUCAAAGAUUUAUUUUGCUGUACUGAUAUAUAUUUGAUAUUUGCAUUAUUUUGCUCAAAUCAGUGCUUAGUCUGUAAUUAUACAUUGUUAACAAAAGAACAUUAAGUUAUUCCUUGUGAUAAAAGACACUUCUUAAGGUUUAACAGUAUGUCUAUAAUAAAGAAAGGUUUAUCUGUGGUGUGGUACGGGUCAGUAUGCACCACAGAUCACUGUCAGGACGUGGGCGUGUGGGCGUGCAGCACCGUGGAGUGGACGCAGGCCAUCUUUCCUAAUUUAUUGGGUCAGGGUCCACGAGAAGCGGAACCCAUCGCCUCUCAGUUCUGGCAUCAAAUCCACACCAUCAACUGCAGUCACGAGUUCCGCUUUGUGGUAUGUGGGUUGCUGGCUCCCCCUUGUGCCCCAGGCCUCACCAAGCCGCUACCACCUUGUAGGGAGGUCUGCGAUUCUGCAAUAAACCAGUGUCUACAAAUCAUGGAAAAGUAUUACCUGAGGUGGCCUGAAGACACGUUCACCUGCCGGGAACUGCCUUACAGCCAUCAGCAGCCCUGCCUCAGGUACCACCAAGGUCAAGUGGUUUUCCCUCCAGGGGUCAGCACCGACUGCUCCAUUCAAGAUUAUAACUACAACUACAACUACGACUAUGAUAGCUACGAUCAGCUGCCUGCACUCACCCUCCACGAGGACUACGUUUUAGUUGGGUCGGGAGAGGAACCUGACGAUGACCUGGGCUUCGUCUCCUCGAGAGAACUCGAAACCUACGACGAGAACUAUGAGUUGUUCGAUAUACCGCCUUUCACAAACACCACUAUCACCUCCCCAACACCCUCAACCACCACAGCCAUUACAUCCACAUCCUCCACCACCAGAACCACUACAUUCACCUCCACAGACACUCCCACCACCACUACAGGGACGUUAACUAACUCCAUUACUACAACAGAUUCCUCAGCAGUUCCACCUGGUCCCACAACUUCCCUGACACUCCCUUCUAAUCCUCCAGGCUUUUCAGCAGCCAAUCCUAACCCUACAGACUCUUUAACAGUGCUUCCUAAUCCUGUAUCCUUAUCGACUGACCAUCCUAACCCCAUAUCUUCAACAGUCCUUCCUAACCCCACAGUCUCAACAGCCCAUCCUAAUCCCACAGACAUUACCACCAUAAAGAUUAGGUUUGCUCCUGCCCCAACCCCUAGCACAGCCCUUCCUACGCGUCAACCAGCGACAUCCACCGAUCAUGGCAUUAGUUAUCUCCAUAGGAGUGAGAUAAUCAAUGAGGACUUCAGUCUUCCUGGAGAGAAAGGCGAGAAGGGGGAGAGAGGGCCCAGGGGACCUCCUGGUGAGUCUGUGGCAGGACCCCCUGGACCUCCAGGACCCCCAGGACCCCCAGGUGUCUCUGGUUCCUCCCUCUCCAAGGUCUCCAGCCUCUCCCUGCCUGACCUGGGAUCAGGAGCCAGUGAGGACUUCAUUCCUGAGCCAGAGUUCAGUGGUGGGCGGAGAGGUCCUCCUGGUCCCCGUGGUGAGUGUCUCUGCAAUGAAACACGUCUGGUGGCUUCUGUUAUAGCACAGAUACCACGAGGGCUACCGGGACCUGAAGGAAAAGCAGGCCGAGAUGGCUUGCCAGGGAUCCCAGGAACACCAGGACGACCUGGACCACCAGGAGAGCGCGGUGUCCACGGGGAAAAAGGAGACAAGGGUGACCGAGGGCAUCCUGGUAGUCGUGGUUUUGAGGGGGUGCAGGGAACCAAGGGCGAGUCUGGACUUGACGGAGCCCCAGGAGUGCCAGGGGAGAGGGGACCACAGGGUCCUCCAGGACAACCUGGUUGGGGCAACUCUGGCUAUGAUGUUGAUGGAGGUAUGGCCAUGGCACCUGCCAGACCAGGCACCCCAGGCUCCCCAGGAGAGAAGGGUGAGCCUGGAGCAGCGGGUAUAAGGGGACCCCGUGGAUACCCUGGAUCUAAAGGAGAGAAGGGCAGCCCUGGCAGUGAUGGGGAUAAGGGAGAAAGGGGAGCUGUUGGGAAGCGAGGUGUGAUGGGUCCCAAGGGUGAACCAGGCACCCCAGGCAUAAAUGGUGCCCCAGGGCCCCCAGGGCUUACAUCUGAUCCAGGAGCCAAGGGUGAGAAAGGUGAGCGUGGGGAACCUGGGAUGGGCCUUCCUGGUCCUCCUGGUCCUCCAGGAGGACUCUCAGAGAAGGACCGCAAAAUCAUCUUGGAACAGGUGGUGGAGACCCUGGAGAAUAAGAAUGGUGUCAACGGUCAUUCAGGAAGUGGCAUCAAUAUCUGGGACACCAGCGGUGGUCUCCCAUGGAAUGGAGUCAGUGAUGAUGAAGAUCUCUACCAUGGUGAAGGCUCCGGAGGUCUGGCGUACAACCCAUACCACCCUAAAGAGGGUCGAGGUCUUCAGGGACCUCCUGGUCUCCCAGGCCCUCCAGGUCUACAGGGAAUCCAAGGCAUCAAGGGGAUCCAGGGCAUCAAGGGUAGCUCUGGAGACAUUGGCCCGCCAGGACAGCCGGGUCUGGAUGGUCUUCCUGGACGUAAGGGAACAAAGGGAGAACCAGGAAGUCCAGGCGCCAAGGGAGAAGUGGGACCUCUCGGAUCCCAAGGGCAAAAAGGUGACAGGGGUGAUGCAGGUCCCCCCGGCCCAGUCAGCUUUCUGGUUCAACCUGAUGGAACCAACAUCACGGUAGUCAAGGGUGAUAAAGGCGACCGUGGGAGAAGAGGCAAGCGAGGCAAGCAGGGCCCCCCUGGCCCAGCAGGGUCCCUUGGGGAUCUUGGUCUCCCAGGAUGGCCGAAUGUGACGGAAAUUGGCGCCCCAGGCUCCCCGGGUAAACCAGGACCUCCAGGAUCCCCAGGAAUUGGCCAGAAAGGAGAACCUGGACCUCCUGGACCCCCUGGACCUCCAAGUGGCAGCUUUUUAAAUGGAAUUUUGGGCAGCAGUAGCUCUGACAUUGCUGGCACACCAUCUGCUGGUGGCCCUGUGUCAGUGGCCCUACCUGGACCACCAGGUCCCCCAGGUCCAGUUGGAUCACCUGGACCUCCAGGACCCCCUGGGCCACCUGGAAGCUCUCAAACAAAUGACAAUCUGAUGUUCAUCCCAGUACCUGGACCGCCUGGACCUCCAGGUCCACCGGGAACUCCUGGCAUACCAGGCGUAUCCAUGGAAGGACCCCAAGGACCACGCGGAUCUACUGGGUCACCUGGUCAUGGUCUUCCUGGCGAUCCAGGACCACCAGGACCACCAGGUCAGCCAGGUUAUGGCCAGAGAGGUCCCCCUGGUAUGCCAGGUCCUCCUGGUAAGGAUGGGGAACAGUUGGCAGGUCCACCCACCAGCAUAGUACCUGGUUCAGUCACCUUCCCAGACAAGGCUUCUAUGCUGAAGAUGAGUGAAAUGUCACCUGUAGGUACCCUGGCCUUCAUACUAGAUGAGGAGGUAAUGUUGGUGCGGAUUGGGGCUGGCUGGCAGUAUAUUGCUAUGGGCUCCGUGGUACCACUGCCUACUACCACCCCAGCGCCACCCACCACUUCUACCUCCCAGAAUCCUGCAGCACACCUCCCGCCACUCCAGGUGGAUUCACUCGUCAAUGCUGUGGAUGGACCCAGGCAGGGACAGCUCACCAAGCUUCGACUAGCAGCCCUGAACCAGCCCUUCAGUGGAGACAUGCAUGGAGUUAGGGGUGCUGACUAUGCUUGUUACAGACAGGCUCGAAGAGCAGGGCUCAAGGGCACCUUCAGGGCUUUCCUGACGUCUAGGGUACAAAACCUCGACUCGAUUGUAAGGUACUCUGACCGGGACCUUCCUGUUGUUAAUAUUAAGGGAGAGGUUCUCUUCAACACAUGGCGUGGCAUUUUCUCUGGCUCUGGAGGCAUCUUUUCCCAGAAACCUCGUGUGUUCAGCUUUGAUGGAAAGGAUGUAUUAUCCAGCCCUGUUUGGCCUCAAAAAUAUGUGUGGCACGGGUCGGACCUGUUGGGAGAGCGGGCACUCUCCUCCUACUGUGACGCGUGGAACAGCGACUCUCAGUAUGUGAUAGGACUUGCCUCUUCCUUGUUGAAGAACCGCCUGCUGGCUCAGGAACGGUUUGGCUGCCACAACUCUUUCAUUGUCCUCUGUAUUGAAGCCACAAGCCAGGCUCGCUACAGACGGAAGCGACAUGCUGGUACCCAGGAACCAGAGUUAACUGAAGAUGAGUUCAAUGACCUCCUCAACUCUCUGGACUUGGUAGAGGGAGAUGUUUAAAACCAAAAACUGUGUGUGUGUGAUCUGUAAGUUACUGCAUUAAGACUGACAGACACUUGAAGCAUCCUCAGAAGAACACACAUACAUAAAGAGUGUAAAUCUCGUAUUCCUUCAGUUAGAAGACUUGAGUUCCAACUGCUACUUACAUAAAUAGUGGUGGCGGUGAGAAUGUUACUCAUUUACAUAAAAAUAAAUAACAGUCCUUUAUAAUAUUUCUACAAAUUUGAACUUUCAAGUUGAAUGUAAUGUUUUCAGAAAUGAGAAUCGUUAACGAAUCCUUUGCUCAAAGAAAACAGUUUACCAUCGUAUGUGUAUGUGCAAGUAACAUUCCUACAGUUUAUCUUACGUCUUGUGUUAGUGUGGUAACAAAUAGUAUUGAGCAUGAUGAUACUGAAAAUCAAAACAAUUUCUUUGAUACUGAGAGAUAAUCAGGUGCUAAAGAAACUCUUAAUGUACCGAAUGAUAUUUUAUUCCUGUAAAUAAAAAAUUAGAUGUGCAUUUUAUGAGUUCUAUAUCAAGAAAAUCAAAACUUCAGAAAAUAAUGCCAAAGUGUAAGAAUCAGUGAUUGAGAACUUGAGGGACCACGACACCCAUGUCUAGGGGUGGGUGUUUCUUGUGCUAGAAGAUAAUAAACACAAUUUGUUCAAUCAAUACAUUACUGGUAAAUAUAUACAGGCCACCCCUACUUAAUGAUAGCAAUGUAUUCCACAAAAACUUGUUUUUAAGCUAAUUUACAUUAAGAGAAUAUCAAUUUUCCAGGCCUUCAUUAAACUUUUUAGUUGGAGAUAUAUGAGAAAAUCACUUUCAUUUUUUCUAUUCAGUAUUUUUUUAAUACUGCAGCCACCUCCCACCAAGGUAAGGUGACUCAACAAAGAAGAAAGUAUUUUCACUUAAUCAUUGUCUUGCCAAAAGGGCAUCGUGAUGUCAGCACCUUCUGGCACGAUUAAAUGAGUGAAUAAAAUAAUAAAAAAAAACUGAAUAAAAAAAAAUAUACUUUUCUCAGUAACGCCACAUUUUGUUGACAGUACACCAUAAACGCUAGCAGCUUGUAUGCAGGAAAUAAUCAGCAUAGCAUAGCUGUAUUCCCCCAUUUCUGCACAAAAUUCUUAUCAGUAAUGGUCAUCAUGUUUGCAUGAUGACUUGAAGCAAUAUGUGAUAAUUUUUCUCUUAGUCUUCUUAUCAUUUACAUUACAUAUAUAUAAUUUGUUAAAAUAUAUUCAUUAUUUUGCUAUAUUGUAUCUUACUUAUUUCAAUAUAUGUAUACACCCUCUCAUCACUUAACGAUGGAGUUCUGUUCCUAAGACCACAUCGGUAAACAAAUUCAUCACUAAGUGAGGAACAUACUAUAAUGGUAGUGGGUUUGUGUCAACCAUCUUUGAUAUUGUUUUAAUGUCACCUUUGCACCAUUGAUAAAAUUUCUGGUAUAUUUUUAAAUGUUUAUACAGUAGUUUACUGUAUACAGCCUCUCUUUACUUAACAGUGGAGUUCCGUUCCUAAGACCUCGUUGGUAAAUGAAUUUGUCGUUGAGGAGCAUACUAUAAUGGUAGUGAGUCUGUGUCAGUCAUCUUUGCUAUUGUUUUAAUGUCACCUUUGCACCAUUUAUAACAUUUAUGAUAUAUUUUUAAAUGUUUAGACAGUAGUGUACUGUAUAUUGUAAUAAAUAGAAUAGAGGAAAUCAGCUCUAAUAUACAUUAUUUAGGUAUGCAUACUGGUCAGAGAGCCCGUUGUAAGUCCAAGUCACCAGUAAAUGAGUACAUCGCUAAGUGAGGAGAGGUUGUAUUAAUAUCUUUAAAUAGUUGAGGAAAUUCAUACUCUAUUCUUACUUUAUCUUAUAUCUCAUCGGCAUCAAUCUGUUGUAAAAUAACCUGUAUAUCUAAACUAAAGAUCUUUUUUUCAUAAGUUUUACACUACUUGCAAUUCUUGUCACUUACUGACCUUAUUAAACCCAUGCUAGCACUGGUUAAAUAUAAUAAUGAACUCAAAAAAUGUACCAUGUAGCCUCACUCAAAAAACACACAAAUUAGCUAAUUACCAGCACUUGCUUGUACCAUCCUGGUUAGUGCCUGUGUUAAGUCCUUGCCAGGAGCAUGUGGACACAUUCACUCACCUCAGCUAAGUUUGUGAGAGCUGUCACAACAUUUGUUGUUAAGUUGGGAGAGGUUAUUAUGUGAGCUUGUUUCCUAAGCUACAGUUUUUCAUUAAAUAAUAAACCAAGUUGUCAUUAAGUAGGAGGAUGACCAGUGCCAUUGUAACAAAAUACUGAAAGUCUAAUAUUUUUUUAAUGCAUAUGACCACAUUUCUUAGGCAGUGACUGUGUCUUUUCUAAGUAAUUGUAAUGCCUUAGAGUUAAUGUCUCUCUUUUGGGCUACUCAUCUGUAAAGUGUAAUGAUAUGAUAUUCCUCUUCAACAAAUUUGAGAAAAAGAGUGAACUGCUACAGUGUGAGGUGCUUGAGAGAGGAGACAUCUGGUAGCAGGUGUUUUUAUAGGGAAAUACCAUAGUAACACUUUAUGGCAGUCUUUCAUCCGCAGUUUUAAAAUAGAAAUUAUCACAGACUGUUUGAAGAAAACCCUUAUAUUCUUAUAAUAGCUGUGCUACUGGUAUUAAAAGGAUUACAGAUACCAAAUUUGAUCUCAAGAGCAUAUUGGCUUCCUGUGUCAUGAGUGUAAAUAGCAACAGAAUUCCAAAAAUUGAUACGAAGACUCUUAAGAACUUGAAAAAAGCCUAAAAUAUUUUUUUUAUUCUUCUCUAGGUUUAGAGUAAAUAUAGUGUGCAGUACCUGUAUUUACCUAGCAGCCUCUGAAUGGACAAGAAGCUAGAGUCUUCUCUUGGUCACCCAAUUCUGCCUGAGGAGUAAAAGGUUGUAUGUUCUGACUUCCAGCUUAGGUCUUCUUCAGCAGAUACUUAAAUAUGAGGGGGAAGCAUAAUAUAUAAGGACAUGGUAGGUCACAUGAAAACUCUGGAAUAUCACAUGGUGGAUGCUAGUUUAUUAUGAGCUAAUACACAGUGAAGUAACUUUCCUCAAGGUGGAGAUAUCAAAUCAUUAGUAAUAAUGAUUUGCACAGUUCAGUAUCUCAAGCCAGAGAUAAGGUACUGCUAUGUGCAUUACCUUAUAAUUGCAUGAAUUCCUUGACAUUCCCAAGUUUUCAUGUGACCUACCUUCCUCUGUUUGAGAGCAAAGUGUGGUGUAAAUAUCAUGCAGAGAAUUCACAGCAUAGAAAUUAAAAGGCUAUGUGAUAUCACUAAGGAUAUGAUUGAAAGGGCUGAGGAGGAGGUGUUGAGGUGUUUUGGACAUGUAGAGAGGAUGGAGAGGAAUAGGUUGACAAAGAGGGUACAUAAGUCUGGGGUGGAUGGUAGGAGGGAGAGGAGCCAUCCUAGGAACAGUUGGAGAGUGGGGGGGAAAUAAAUGAGGCAUUAGUUUUUUUUGGGCUUGAUCAUUCAGCAAGCUCAACAUGGUAUCUACAUACAUACAGUGUUGUUACAGCUUACAAUUUUGUAUGUCAGAGACUCAGACAUGAUUUGCUGAGUUCCUUCAUCUAUGUAUUUUCCAUAAAAAAAAGUGAAAAUUGGACUCGAGUUAACUGUUCUAAAUACAGUACUGUAUGUAUUCUCCUACUUGUGUUUUUGGAUAUCAAGUUAUGGCUCUUGGGCCCUGCCUCGUGACGUAUUCAAAUGGCAUGUUGUCUCCCAAGCCCCACGGUCCUCAUCGUGAUCCUACAGUACCAAUUUUCAAAUAGUUUAUUCACAUCACUAACUUGUGUCUUGUUUAAAAAACAUGUUUAAUAUUUACUUUGUUUACCAAACAAUAAAUGUCUUAUUCAUA